AUGAGUGAAUCCAACGAUAAAAAUGAAUCAGAACUUCCAACUGAAGCUCUUACUCCAGUUGAAAAUGAACAAAGUGAAUUUGUGAAGCUAAAUGUCGGUGGAUUUUUAUUCCAAACAACAAUGGCUACACUCACGAAAGUCGAUUGUAUGUUCAAAGGGAUGUUUUCAGAAGGAUUCGAGGCUCAAAAGGAUCCAGAAGGUUGGAUACUUAUUGAUAGAGAUGGAAAACAUUUUGGAAAAAUUUUGGAAUUUCUACGAAACAUGGAAAUUACUUUACCAGAUAACGUUAAAGAAAUUCGGGAACUUUUAACUGAAGCUAUUUAUUAUUCAAUCAAAGCUGUGGUUCAUGAUUGCGAGAGUAAGUUAAAGAGGUUGAAAAAAGGCGCACAAAUUGUAUUUACCACAUCUAUCGAAAAUGCCCCGAUGGCCGGUUCUGUAUUUCCAUUCAAGCCUGAAGUUAGAUUGACGAUUAUUCAUCCUGGAACUUCAUCGAGUAGAUACUCAGGUCAAUCGAUUGAAAAUCUUUGUAAAAAUUAUCAACUUUUUGAUAAUUUAUGCCUUAGAUCUAAUGGCCAAAUUGGUUUGGUCAAGAGUGUUUCAAAAGAUCAACCAAUUUGCACAUGGUCUUUUCUUGGAUAUAAUGGAUCACCUCGUGAAGUCUCUUGUAUCAGAAUCGUGAACAGCUACCCCCAAGUUGAUUUUCCAGAGGGCCAAAUAUACGAAAAUGUUUUGCAAUUACUUGCAAAUGAUUAA